CGGGGGGGAGCUGAUUGGCUGGCGACCACCCCGGGGUUGUCAUGGCGACGGGAUGCGGAGGGGAGGGGGGAGGAGGAGGAGGAGGAGGCGGCGACGUCCGAGGGAGGAAGGAGGAAGCCACUGGUGCUGACAAGAGGCUCCCCCCCACUCCUGCAUCCAUGGCAUUUGCUCCUCCCAGGAACACGGAUGGCUCCAAGCUGCAGAUCAAGAUGAGCACGUGGACCCCUCUGAACCAUCAGCUCAUGAACGACAGGGUAUUUGAAGAAAGAAGAGCCCUCCUUGGAAAAUGGUUUGACAAGUGGACAGAUGGGCAGAGGAGGAGGAUCCUGGUGGACCUGCUGGAACGCUGCUCCCUGGCACAGCAGAAAUUCUGCUCCAGGCAGCUCCAGGACCGAAUUCCCACCGAGGCCGUGGAUUUUACCACGAGGCUUCCUCGAGUCCUGUCCUUGUACAUCUUCUCCUUCCUGGACCCACGGAGCCUCUGUCGCUGUGCACAGGUGAGCUGGUACUGGAAGUACCUGUCUGAGCUGGAUCAGCUCUGGAUGCUGAAGUGUCUCCGUUUUGGCUGGUACAUCAACUUCUGCCCAACGCCCUUCGAGCAGGGAAUCUGGAAGAGGCAUUACAUUGAGAUGGUGAGAGAGCUGUGGAUCACCGUGCCAAAGCCUCUCCCCAAGGAGGAGUUCGCCGUUAUCGACGUGCAACCCGUCGGAAGCGACACCCCGGAGGCAAAACUUCCCGUGCACGGAAGGAGGAGAACCAAGGAGAAGAAAGAGCUCCCCCCUUGGCGCUCGUCCGACAGACACCCCACGGACACCGUCCGCUACAACUACCUGGACAACUGGGACCCCAUCGAGCAGGCGAGGCAGGCCUAUGGCUCCCUGCAGAUCCUGAGUGUCUUCCAAAGCCACCAGCUCGUCCCGGCUGGGCCGCCCAUCGCUCCGCUGGGAACCUGCCCCCCAAGGCAGCGGCAAAGGCCCUGGCCCAGAGCUCCCAGUGGAACGCCGGGAUACGACCGGCACCCGUCCGAGCUCCAGGACCAAAGCCACGUGGGAGAGGGACUGGAGAUGUCACCAGGAUGGAGAGCAGAGCUCCAUCAUCUCCAGUGUUCGAGGCUCAGCCCUGGCACAUUCCUGCAUCCAGCCAAGGAUCCGACUCGGAAUGAGGGAGGAUCCAGAGUGUCCCUUCAUCCAAGCUGGACAGGAACUUCUGUGCCUGGCAGUGGGAAAACAAAAUGUUGCUGCUGGUCUUUGGGAUCUCGACCUGGUUUCCUGUUGCUGGUGCCUUAUCCUCUUUUCCUUCUGGAUGUGUCACCUCUGAAAUGUUCACUUGGGAUUUUGACCGUGGAGACACUUGCUUGGAUCCUUUCUAGGGCUACUGGACCUCCUGUGAGCUUUUCUAUGGAUCAUUUGGACAAAUCUUAGGGCACAUCCCACAGCCUGAGCUGCUCUGUGAUGCUUUGCCAGGGAAUCACAGGAGUUGUCUGGCUCCAUGGGCACCGAUGGGAUUCUGGAAGAUGAGGGAUGACUUCCAGCCAUUGGAAUUAUGGAAAUUCCACCCUCCCUACAAAUUGAGUGCUUUACCACCAGUACUACCAUGAUCCUUCAGCUGCGACCUCCAGCUCCUGCCAAAUCAGCUGGAAAGCACCAGGCUGGGCAAGGGAAGAGUGUGGAAGAAAGGAGAAUCAAGGAAAACGGUCCAAGAAAAACCCAGUUAGGGUUGUGCUGGAAACAGAAUUUCUCCCUCGCGUUGAACAAGGCAAAUCCAUCUUUUCAGUCGUGUCAGUGAGAAGGAAAUCAAAUCCCACACUCUGGAUUGCAGCACACAGGUCUAUGUGGGGAGCUGACACUUGUUAUUUAGGAAGAUGUAAAUCAUGGGGUGUUACUGGGUUUUUUUCUGGGAUUAAGGAAUUUCCCAGUAAAUUCAACAAAUAGCAGUUUUUAAGGAUAAGGGGAUUCAAUGCUCAGCAACUGUAACUCAUUGCCUGGUCACAUCCCAGGGUGAGAGAGCUGGGAUAAAACUGAACCUUUCCGGGUGUUGGGAAGAGUCACAGCACGCCCAGGAAUCCUCAACAUUUCACAUUCCAGAGGGAAUGCCAAAAUCCCAGAAUCAUUAAGGCUGGAAAAGACCUUCCAGAUCAUCAAGUCCAACUAUCAACCAGCACCCCCUCAAUGUUCACCCUUAAACCGUGUCCCCAGGUGCCACAUCCAUGUGUUUCUGAAGACUUCCAGGGAUGGGGACCGUUCCAGUGCUUUACAACCCUUCCCAUGAAGAAACUGUUCCCAAAAUUCCUCCAAAUCAUUGAUGAGGCAACUCAGUGAGUCUCCCUCUCCCAGACUUUGGUAUUUCCUUUUCCCAGUUGUCCUGGAUGCUUGGAAGGACGAGUUCAUCUCAAAAAACACGACGGCCUAAGAACUAAUAAGCCUGAGCUGUCACCUCUCAAAGGAUCAGCUGAACUAGGAACUUGCAGACGGGAAUUAUCUCAUGGAUUUUAGGAUCUGUUGAUUAUCUGUUGACUAAAGAAUUUUGAUUUGGAAGGGCCAGUUGUUGAGCAAUUGAAGUAAGAUGGGGCAAAUCCCAUCCAAAGCAUUCAUCGACAUCAUUCCCAAAUCUCUCCUCAGAAGCCUUUCUUUUUAUUUCCCAGGAAACCAAGGUAAAGGGAUUGCUCCGUGGGUGCUUCCUUGGCUUCUUAAGGAGCUGUUCCAGCUCUUUUUCUGGUCUCCAUGAGGCAGCAGUUGAUCCACAAACAGCAAAAACCUACCCAAGGAAAGGAUGUAACCCUGCAGCAAUGCUUUUCCUUUCUCAUCAAUGACCACGUUCCCUGGAAUCAUCCAGCUCCCAGGGUCCUGGAGGUGAGUCCUGGACAUCACCGUGCCUUUGCUGCAGCAGAUCAUGUGUCUUAAGUGCUCACUGUACAUUUUCAACCUCAAACCUUCCCUGAUUUAUAAAGUUUUUGUAGUUCUGAUGCUGUAAAAUAAUAAAAGGGACGUGCCAAGCCAAGGAGAUUAUCCCUGGAAUAACAGUGGAGCUACACAACGCCCUGGUGGGAUCCUAUUAAUCAGAAUUAAAUCAUAUAUACUUGAAAUAUAUCGUGUGUAAUGUACUGUGUGCAGAGUAAACACACCUUACGUCAUUCCUGAGGUCACAACACGGGUCAGAAUCUGAAAUGGAGAGAAAUAAAAUCCGGAGGGAGAGUCUCCAUCACCUGGGAGCUGCUGGAAGCCACAUCCCCCCCAGGCUGCUGAUCUGCAGGGGCAGGUGGUUGUUCCCCCACCUUUGUAGCGUUUCCAGAUCUGCGGAGAUGGAAUUGCCAAACCAGAACAGAGGGAGGCGGUUGUGCCCUCGCCCUUCCUCGUAGAUGCACAUUUCCCAGCCCUGCCCGGCGUUCCCAGAUCCUGCCCCGUGGAUCUCAUGAGCCACAGCCUGUGAGUGGAGAACUGAAGGUGCCUUUUGAAGCCCAGAGGCCACUGAAUCAGCUGAAUUCCAGCAGCACGAGCAGGAUCGGGAUGGGAGCCGCCGGCUACAGCCCUGCUCAGGUGUGGGGAGCAAAACCCCCCAAUCCAACCCCAUCCCUGCCCAAAGCUCCAUCUCCAGUGCCCUGGUGUUCCCGGCCCGGAGCGACGGCACGUUUGGAGUUCGGCUUUGCAGCCAAAAUGAAGUCUUCCUAAUUAUUGCUCUUGUGGGUUAAAGAGACAGAAAGCUGGGAAAGGGAAUGUGUGUAACUCGAGUCGAUGGGAGCUGCAGGUUGGAUUGGAGUGAGGAUUUUUGGGAAUGUCCAGCCUUUGUGGGGAGGUGGGAGAUGAGCCGCUGCCAGGGAAGUGGGAACAUUUGGAAGGGGAAGUCUCAGCAGUGGCUGAGGGAUAACGGAUGAAAGGAUGGCUGUGGAAGAGCAGGGAGACCUUGUGGCAAAGGGAAAGCAGCCAGUGAGAGGAGAUAAAUCAAGAUUAAAAGUUGCUUUAAUCAGUGGAUGGAGCUGAUAAGGAACAGAGAGCAAAGCUCAGCUCAGUAAGGAAGGGCUGAGAUGAGGAGGCAGCCACAGGGUGUGAGGGAUUGUUUUUAGGGAGGCAGAGGGAUAUGGGAAUUGGUUUGGAGUCCGUCACCUUGUCCCUGCUGACGUGUUUAGAUCCAUCACCUUAUUGUAAAAUGAAAAUGAAUUAAAAAAUAAAAUUAAAAUACAGUGAAAAU